AUGUUGAAGGGAGGCAAAGUGAUAAAGGUAAAGCUGCAGAGAGAGGCUUCUCAGUUCUCUCAGCUUUCUUCAAAUGAAUCCUAUAGCAUGGAGUUGCUUCGGUUUGGUCCACUGUGUUCAGGGUUGCAUGAGAUGAUGGUGCUGUGGCAGGACCAGAUUGGUGAGAGAGUUAAUACGGUGGGUGAUGAUUAUGUGAGGCCUCGAUCAGCUUUUGAUUUUCUUGAUGUUGACCUUAAUGCUCAAUGGCACACUCCUGAAUAA